CUAUGAGAAAGAAAUUCCUUUUACGACGGAGGACUGCGCACUGAGAAAGUAAGAAAGUAAACCAUUAAAGAAAAUCUUUUGGAAUUUGAGGAGGGCAGUGCAUAGUGAGAAAGCAAGUUAGACUUGGGUCACGCUCCUUGUCCAGUAGCCUCCCAUGUGAGUGCUUGAGACCUGUCAAAUUCGGUUCCACUCCUCAUUAAUUCAUAUCCGCUCGCCCCCACCUCAAGAACCCAUUCACAUUCACCCUCCAAAUCCCAAAACCUUGCCUCUACUACUGAACGGACCUUUUGCAGUCUUGAUUUUCGAUCCAGAUCCACAAGGAAAAAGAAGGAGAAGAUACAGGUUAGCUUACCAACGAAAUUCCCCCUUUUGACACAUGGGGAAUUUCGUCAUAGCUCUUUUUGCUUCUCUUUUGUUGAUUUUUACUGUUUGCAAUGCUGGAUCACUUGCUCCCAAUUCAACCAUUCAUGGCCGGAAAAUGUCGGCAAAUGAAUCAAAGGAAACGGGCAUUGAUGCAACAGAGGUGGCUCAGAAGAAGAAGCCCAAACUCUUAGAGGAAACACUUCCCAAAGAAAUGAAGAAACCCUCGAAUUCCUCUUCUGUGCUCAAAUCUCAGCAAAAAAAGCUCAAUUCGAGUUCAAAUGAGUCGGAUCUAGCUCACCUCUCGCCCCCCAAAAAAGCUCCUCUAUUGCCCAAACCCAACUCUCCCAAGAACAAAACCACGCAAUUGACGACCAAAAAGAAAGAUUCCGGCGACCGGAAACCGCCUCCAACCAAAAAUCCGGCGGCCCAAAAGCUAAAAACCCCAGAACCCAAGAAACCCUCCCUUGAACAGAAGCAAAUUCCGGCUAAAGAAGUGCAGGAAUCCAAGAAACCUUCGCCUGAAAAGAAACAAAUUCCGGCAAAAGAAGUGCAGGAAUCCAAGAAACCGUCGCCUGAAAAUAAACAAAUUCCGGCAAAAGAAGCGCAGGAAUCCAAGAAACAGGCCCCCAAAACCCAAGUAGAAGACGACUACAAUGACCUGAUACAAGAUUUCAGAGAAUUUCCAGCUCGUUUCCAAUCCACCGUUUUGCCCGAGCUCGAAAAGCUCUCCUCAAAAUCCAAAGCUUAUAUCAACAAAGCAAACGAAAACAUAGCCGAGGGCUUCAAGCCACUGAUCGGCCACCACUACGCGCCGAUAGUGGCCACCACCCUCUUCUGCGUCCUCUCUCUCCUCCCCCUCCUCCUCGCCUACGCUCUCUACCGCAAGCUCCGCCCCUACCUCACCUUGCAACACGUGUUGCUCUUCUCGCACGUAUACCUCGCCCUCUACUUCUUAGCCCUGGCCAUGGCUCGCUUGUCCACCGGGGUCGAGCCCUUGGGGUUCUUCUACGGCUCGGGGCGCUCGAGCUACGUGGCCACGCAGGUGGUCCAGGGGGUGGGCUACGUGGUCUACGUGGCGCUGCUCUUGGUGCACCUUUUCGUGGGCGCGGGUGCGAAGAGGGUGGCGGCUUUGGGCCAGGCGAUGGUGGGUUUGGCGGUGGGGGUUCAUUAUUACGCGGUGGUCUGGCGGUGGGCGAUGGUGCGGAAGGCGCCGAGGAGCGACUGGUGGGUGCACGUGGUUUACGCGGCGGGGUUUGUUCUGGCGUGUGUGUGCGCGCGGGUGCACCUUCGGGUUGGGAAGAAGGGGUAUGGUCCGGCGGAGGACCAAGACAAGCAGAAUUGAGGGCGAGAUCCCGCAAAAAGUAGGGUAAUGCCGUAAAGUCUGACCGCUAGAGAGAAAAAGGUUAGUGCCUCUAGAGAGAGAAAGACGAAGGUGUAAAUCUGGAGUAGGGUUAGAGAGAGAGGCGCCUUUUUUCUUGUUUUGAGAUUCCUUAAAUUUGUGGCUUAUUUUGUGAGAGAUUUUGUGUCCCCUGUGAGAGAGAGCAUUUAUGUCCAAGUAAUAUAAGAGAGAAAAAAAUAUUUUCAUGUGCUAUUUACCUGUAAAAUAGAGGGAGCCCACUUAGAAGAAACGGGUGGCCAACCCGGGUUAUGAUAAUUAAAGUGGAGGGUGAUUGUGAUGGGGACCUGAGUCAAGUAAGAAGGCUGUAAGCCAAUAUUCAAUGUAUUGCCAUUGAAUUAAUAAAAAUGCUAUGAUUUUUACCAAGA